AUGUCUAAACGUGCUGCAUCCAAUGAUGAUGCACCUAUCACGAAGCGCAUCAGAAUUGAUGAUGGGAAUCAGACAGCACUGCUGGCGGAUAAACAUGCAUGGGCAAUUCUGGAGCAAUUCCUUACCACAGACAUGUCAUACGCUCAGAUGGAAGAAGCCCUUUCAUCGAAUCUUGAGAUGCGCUAUUUUCCGGCGAUGACGAUCAUUCAGUGCACACAUUCAAAGUUCGCACAGACCAGCCAAACCACAUUAGUUAAAAAUCCCUACCUCAAUCUGGAUGCAGAGGAGGAUGAGGAUGAAGAUGAGGAGGUGGAGGACCACGACCACGAUGGCCCCUCUGAUUCGUGGAAGGUUACAUCUUUGCCAGGAUCAUCAUUGGCCGAUAGGUUUGCCACGGUCAUCAAUGACAUGACACAUAGAUUCGAGGCAAGACAGCACAGCUCAUCGCAUGGUUGCCAGGCUAUUCCCUCCUCGAUAUCUGACUUGAUCCCUUCAGUUGGAUUACAGGACGGGAGAAUGUAUCUUCUUCAUGUUCAGCGAAACAUCACGGAUUAUAUCACUGCACACCUUUGGAAGAAAAAAUUUGCCGUCAAGGUGUCAGCUUGGAUAGCUGGCCAGCUUUACGUGGUGGCAGACAGCCCUAAAACAAUUUCCAAGUCACUUCCUUUCUCGCUCUACCUCGCUGUGAAGCAAUAUGUUUGCAUAUUGGAUGAGGAAUGUGAAGUGGUCGAGCAUUCUUACAACAAGCUUCCCAACCUGGCUUGGGUGAAGAUAAAGUGUGGCAAGUAUCAGGGCGACAUAGCCCAAGUCUUCGAUUCCGAUCUACUGAAUGGUUUCAUUGCGGUCUUAGUUCCGCCACGGGAUUUCCCAUACCCCAUGCCUCCGAGAUCUCAGUCCCUACUCGACCGAUCCCGCCUUCCGAACAGGAACACAGUCUCUGACAUCAACAAUGGCGAAGAAGUUGUAGGAUUCAAGUUCAAAGGAGAAAUGUGGAACCAAUCAUUCCUUAAGAGAACUGUGGUUGCAUUAUCAAUGCAGUUCUUGCAUGACAUAGAGUGCAUGUUUCAGAUUGGCAGUGCAGUUCGAGUGGUCGCAGGUCCAUACUUGGGUGUGGAAGGGUACAUCAUUCAGAUGGUAGAUGAUAUAUUUUGUAUUUGUCAAGACGUCUCAAAGGAACAGGUGGAAGUUUUGAAGCAUUAUCUAGACCAUCACCCUCUGAGUCACGUGCUGCAAGCAUGGCUGCCAACGCAGCAACUUUUUAAGCCUCCCCCCAAUAUCAAAUCUAUUCAAAUAGGGGACUUCAUAGAAGUGCUUAUUGGAGAGCACAUAGGGAAGUGUGGGAUCGUGCACUGGCUCCCCAAGGGAGGAGACAAUCUGUGGUUCCAGGACGGAACAUUGCAUAUUCCAGUUCCCAUUUCAGUUGUUCAGUGGAUGCACCUCCCCCACCUCCAGACAUUACAGUACACGCAAGACAAGGGUUAUGAUGUCAAACCUGGAGAUGUUGUAAGAGUCACCCGAGGGCCAGAGUAUCAGACAAAAGGGGUCGUGCAAAGUGUCGACUUUCCAAAUGCUCGCUUGACCCUACUCUCUGACAUUGACCAUGCUCUUGUUGAAGUUCCCAUCUCAUUUGUGAUAAAAGUACACAACGUCAGCCUGGAUUCUUUCAAAAAGGAUAUUGGCAAAGAAGUAUUCAUCAUUGGGGGUGACCGUAAGGGCUACCAAGGCACGCUCUAUAGUUUCACCUCCGAGAAUUGCAUUGUUGCCGUGCAUGGGCAGCAGCGCACCAAGAUCAAACCCAAGGACGUUGCAACCAGGUAUGGAAUGAGGUUAAAUGGUGUGAUGCUCAAAGGAAUAGACAUGGUGUCUUUCUGUGAGAUGCGGGGAAGAUCGUACUUAGCCCCACAACCUCGAAGCGUCACCCCCCCACCUGAAAAGGUUCUCCCCAGCUCGUCGGUUGCCAUUGCAGAUCCUAGCACAUCAUCAUCCAUGUGGACCGCCAGCCCUGAGGAUCAGGCCAGUAAUCCUUUGCCCAGUAUGACUGCCCAACUCAACCCCUGGACUGUCAAUUCCAACGAUAUACUAGAUAGUAUUGAUGCUCGAUUGGAUAAACUCAAAGAGGUUCACCACGCAUCAUGUGAUGUUAAAAGUCUCACCCUCGUGCAUGGGAGGCAGGCUACAUAA